GACGUGACUGGCAGAACUUGUAUUUCUGCUGAAGAAUCUCCAGGUAUUACCAUGAACGCCAUUGUGGCACUCUGCCAUUUCUGUGAGCUCCAUGGACCCCGCACUUUAUUCUGCACAGAGGCUCUUCAUUCACCGCACCCCCAAGGGGCGAGUUGUGGUGACAGCAUUGGGCAGGGAGAGCAAGCAGAAGAUGAGGAGAUGGGAAUUCAGAUGAGCAGCAGGAUCCGAUGUCACAGCCCUGCAGAGGGGGCAAGUGCAGACUCCAACAGCCCCAGGCCCAAAAAGUCGGAUAUGUGUGAGGGUUGCAGGUCCUUAGCUGCGGGGCAUCCUGGGUACAUCAGCCAUGAUAAAGAGACUUCCAUUAAAUAUGUCAGCCACCAACACCCCAACCACCCACAGCUGUUCAGCAUUGUGCGCCAGGCCUGUGUGCGCAGCCUGAGUUGUGAGGUAUGUCCUGGUAGAGAAGGUCCCAUAUUCUUUGGAGAUGAGCAACAUGGCUUUGUCUUUAGCCACACAUUCUUCAUUAAAGACAGUUUGGCUCGGGGGUUCCAGAGGUGGUACAGCAUCAUUGUCAUUAUGAUGGACAGAAUCUACCUGAUCAACUCCUGGCCCUUCCUGCUGGCUAAGAUAAGAGGUGUCAUUGAUGAACUGCAAGGGAAAGCACUAAAAGUGUUUGAAGCAGAACAGUUUGGCUGUCCCCAGCGCCCCCUGCGGAUUAACACGGCUUUCACACCCUUUCUGCACCAGCGCAAUGGAAACGCUGCCCGCUCUCUGACCUCUCUCACCAGUGAUGAUAACCUCUGGGCUUGCCUGCACACCUCUUUUGCAUGGCUUCUGAAGGCUUGCGGGUGUCGCCUUACAGAGAAGCUAUUAGAAGGAGCCCCCACAGAGGACACUCUGGUGCAGAUGGAGAAGCAAGCAGACUUAGAGGAAGAGUGUGCAGCCAGGGAGGUUGCCGAUGGGGAAGAAGGAAGACCCCGGCUGCAACCUGAACUUAUGGAAGGCAGAGAGCUUUCAAAAUGUCCCACUGAAUCGUCAGUGCUGUCCGACUGCAGCUGGAAUAUGGUACAGAGGCGGAUGGGUGUCUUUAGAUCUCUCAGACACAUGAGGCAGGUCCUGGGUGCUUCUGCUUUCCGCAUGCUGGCCUGGCAUGUUCUUAUGGGGAAUCAAGUCAUCUGGAAGGGGCAAGACCAGGAGUUAAUCCAGUCUGCAUUUGAUGUCUUGCAGGCCAUGCUUCCCGUUGGCUGUGUUCGGGUCAUACCAUACAGUGAGAAGUAUGAGGAUGCCUAUCGCUGCAACUUUCUAGGACUCAGCCCUCAGGCAGAGAUCCCCCUUCAUGUACAGUCAUCUGAAUUUUCUGUCAUGGUGGAUGUCCGCCAUGCAAAUCGCUCUAACCUUUACCCUGCCCUGUUUGUGGAUGAUGAGCCCCUGAGCAAAUAUGAAUUUGUGGUGGCAAGCGGUAGCCCUGUGACCAUUGACAAGGUUGGACUCACCAUUUUAAACAAGAUUGAAGCUGCUCUGAGCAAUGAGAACCUGUCUAUGGAUGUGGUGGAUCAGUGUCUAAUCUGCCUGAAGGAGGAGUGGAUGAAUAAAGUGAAAGUACUCUUCAAGUUCACCAAAGUUGACAGCAGGCCCAAGGAGGACACACAGAAACUUCUCGGUAUCCUUGGGGCUUCAGAAGAGGACAAUAUAAAGUUACUGAAAUUCUGGAUGACCGGUCUCAGCAAGACCUACAAAUCUCACCUCAUGUCCAGUGUGCGCAGCCCCACUGCCUCUGAAUGCCGGAACUGACAUGCAUACUCACUACAGGAGCCCCGGGCUGGUAAUUUCGUAGUAUUACGAACAGCAUAUAUUAUUUAUUGAGCCUUUCUUUAUCCGUGUGAAAACUGGACUCCCAUAGCCAGCCGGACUCAACGACUGCCCUUGCUUCGGCUGAAUGGACUGGAGCUGUUGUUUUGGGGACUGAAUUGCACCCUGAUGUAGAUGACAAGUCCAGAUAUAAUCUGCCUUGGAAGUACCAGACUUUAUACAAGGAGAUGAACUGUAUAUGUACAACCAUAAAAAGAAUAUAUAAGAGGAAAUUAACCCACAUAAAUAACUUCAUUAAACAGUAAUUCAUA